AUGCCAUGUCAUUUAGUUCCACGAAAUCCGACUUCAGCUGACGGCAAGAGAGCGACAUAUCCCCACAGAAGACCGUACACUGCCGCGGAGUUGGCGUCGGCUGUCAAGGCCAUCUGCUCCGGCCAACUGGGAACCCGACGUGCCGCCAGCAUUUACGGCAUCCCACGAUCCACACUGCGCAACAAGAUUUGUAAGCUGAAUGAAAUUAAGAAAAACGAAGAGAAGCUGCGUGGGGGGCAACCGAUUUCGCUGUCCGAUUUCGUUCAACAAGUCACAUGGGCCGAAACACCACAAAAUGAAUUGUCCAUCAAAAAAAGUGCCAAGUCGGCUAAAGUUGGUGACCAGUGCUCCUCAUUUAUGACGGUCCCAAGUAGACUGGCAUCGGUGUUCAAGGUAGGUUCAUGUAGUUGGUACCUGGAAUCAAUUAAUAUGUCUGCAUCCCAUCCAAAUUUUUCUAUUUGUUGUUCGUCUAUGUAG